AGGCGCCGCUCCCCAGCAUCGCGGAUCCCGGCGCUCAGGCAGGCCGGCCUCAGCUGCAGCUGCGCCGCCCUCGCGCCAUGCAGAGCCUGGCCAUGGACCUGCGGGUGCUGUCCCGGGAGCUGGCGCUCUACCUGGAGCACCAGGUCCGCGUCGGCUUCUUCGGCUCGGGCAUGGGCUUGUCGCUGAUCCUGGGCUUCAGCGUCGCCUACGCCUGCUACUACCUGAGCAGCAUUGCCAAGAAACCCCAGUUAGUGACUGGAGGGGAGAGUUUCAGCCGCUUCCUCCAGGACCACUGUCCGGUGGUGACAGAAACCUAUUACCCAACGGUAUGGUGCUGGGAGAGCCGAGGACAGACACUGCUGAGACCCUUCAUCACUGCCAAGCCCCUGGUGCAGUACAGGAAUGAACUCAUCAAGACAGCGGAUGGAGGCCAGAUCUCCCUGGACUGGUCUGAUAACAAUAACAGCUCAUGUUAUACGGAUGCCAACACCAGACCCACCAUCCUGCUGUUGCCUGGCCUCACUGGAACAAGCAAGGAAUCCUACAUCCUGCACAUGAUCCAACUCAGUGAAGAAUUAGGGUACAGGUGUGUGGUUUUUAAUAACAGAGGAGUGGCAGGAGAGAAUCUCCUGACACCACGGACUUACUGCUGUGCGAACACGGAAGACUUGGAGACAGUCAUCCACCAUGUCCACAGCCUGUACCCUUUGGCCCCAUUUCUGGCAGCAGGCGUGUCGAUGGGAGGAAUGCUGCUUCUAAAUUACCUGGGCAAAAUUGGGUCCAAAACUCCUCUGAUGGCAGCUGCAACAUUCUCAGUUGGCUGGAAUACUUUCGCUUGCUCAGAGUCGUUGGAGAAGCCGCUAAACUGGCUGCUGUUUAAUUACUACUUGACAACUUGCCUCCAGUCUUCAGUUAAGAAGCACCAGCAUAUGUUUGUCAAACAAAUCGACAUGGACCAGGUCAUGAAGGCUAAGUCUAUUAGAGAGUUUGAUAAACGAUUCACCUCAGUCAUGUUUGGAUACCGAACAAUUGAUGAUUAUUACACCGACGCCAGUCCUAACCGCAGACUGAAGUCCGUGGGAAUCCCGGUGUUGUGCCUGAAUGCCGCGGAUGAUGUCUUCUCGCCCAGCCACGAUAAGAAAAUGAAAGCUGGGCAUCAGUGGCGCACGCCUUUAGUCCCAGCACUCGGGAGGCAGAGGCAGGUGGAUCUCUGUGAGUUAGAGGCCAGCCUGGUCUACACAGCUAGUUCCAGGACAGGCUCCAAAGCUACAGAGAAACCCUGUCUUGAAAAUUCAAAGAAAGAAAAGAAACUGAAACUGGCUUUGGUGUCAGUUAAAUUACACAGUGCUCCUUCGCAUCUUUUCACUGGGUCAGAUCUGACGCUUCUCCAUCCGUUUUUAUCCUUUGCUGCCUGUGCUACAAACAAGAGUUUCCCAGCAUUCAACCUGACCCACAAGGGUGAAGUUGCAACUCAUUGUUUCCUGUUUUUUCCCAGGCCCUUAAACCAGUCUUACCACAUAGUGGACAAUUGUCUGCAGCCUGCGGGAACAGGCAGCCAACACCCUUCACAAGGCUGCGCUGUCUGCAGUCAGGGUUAGAUUCUCUCAGAGUGCUGGGGGGAGCCCGGUGGGAGAACUUAGAUUGAGCAUUCACGAGGUCCCCAGUUGGCCUUUGGGGCAUGUGCCCUGCACUUGUGGACGCACACACAUAUUUUAUUUUUCCACUGUCUGAACACUAACACCUAGGAGAAAAAGAAAGCAACUUUAAUUCAUGACCUUGAAGUCUGUUUAAAAUUAACGUGAUAGGGGUGCACAAACACUGCUGUUCCUGGGGAGUUGUUUUAUGUCACUCCUGAGCUGUUUUCCAGUAGUUUCUCUUUCCUGUUCGAGAAACAGAGAAUCAGAAAGACAGGAAAUAUAUAUAUAUAUAUUGAAAUCUGGGAUUUCAAGUCCUUUGUAGAGUUAUCAAUCAUGAAUCAUGUUUAGACAUCUAAAUUCACAUAUGAUCAAAAUUACACCGAAUGGAUUUACAACUCUCACAAAGGUUAGCUUAGUUUUAAUUUCAGAAAACAAGAAUCAGCCUGUGUUUUUAUUUUGUUUUAUCUGGUCUUUCUAGAUGUGUUUGUGCACGAGUAUCCACACACUCUCACGAGUGCUCCAGAGCAUUAGGAAGGUCUCAGGCAGUUCCAUCACUGUGCCGUGUGGGUCCCAGAGACCAAACCCAGGCUAUCAGGCAGGGGACAAGUGCCUUGGUAGCUGAGCUGUCUCACAGCCAAUAAACAGCCUGCACGUUAGGUUAUGUAAAAUCUUGGAUUGAUUCCUUUAGAAAUAAGGAUCUAGGAGAAAUAGGUAUUGUUAUAAGAUAUAGAUGAUUGUAUAAAUUAGUCAGACUCAGUCCAUUUAGCCACACUCAUCACAAAUAUUUGUUUAAUGAUUAGAGUGUUUUUACUGAUUAGAAAUGAUAAAGUGUGCUUUACCUAACAAUGUUAAUGCUCUCUCUCCCCCCCUCCCCGUCCUUCCCGCUCCCACCUCUUUACCACCAACACCCCAUCUUACUGCUUUGAUCC